UUCUUUUUUUUUUCUGGUAUCUUCUUUGCACGACCAACUCAUUUGUAAAAUCUUUCAUUUGGCAAAUUCUUCAAAACCAUGUCCGGCGUUACUGUAUCUUCAAGUGGUAUCGGUGUCGCUCAUUUGCCAAAUCAAAGACAUAGACUCGUUUCGAAAAAGGGUGCUCAUUUCACUUUGAUGGUUUGCGGUGAGUCGGGCCUGGGCAAAACAACUUUUAUCAAUACUCUUUUUACAACCACUAUCAAAAACUACAAGGCGCCUGAGAAACGUCAUGCAAAGCAAUUGGAUAGAACAGUAGAAAUAGAAAUUACGAAAGCAGAAAUUGAAGAAAAGAUGUUCCGAGUGAAACUAUCUGUUAUUGAUACACCUGGUUUCGGAGACUACGUGAACAAUAGAGAUAGUUGGAUACCCAUCAUUGAAUUUAUUGAUGAUCAACAUGAGAGUUAUAUGAGACAGGAACAACAGCCAUCUCGCAAAAACAAAGUAGAUUUGCGAGUUCAUGCUUGUCUUUACUUUAUUAGGCCAACUGGGCACAGUUUAAAACCUUUGGAUAUUGAGAUAAUGAAAAGAUUAGGUUCGAGAGUAAACUUAAUUCCUGUGAUUGCUAAAGCCGAUACUUUAACGCCAAAAGAUCUUGCUGCUUUCAAAGAAAAUGUUCGUGAUUGUAUCCAGCGUCAUGCUAUUAACGUUUUCACCUUUCCUAUUGAGAGUGAUGAUGAGGAGACCAUGCAACGCAACCAAUCCAUUGCCGAGAUUGCACCUUAUUCUAUUAUUGGCUCAACAGAUCUUGUAACUACGCCAGACGGACGAAAAGUGAGAGGACGUGAGUACAGCUGGGGCGUUGCUGAAGUCGAGAACGAAGAACAUUGUGACUUUGUAAAGCUCAGAAACUUAUUGAUUCGUACUCAUAUGUUGGAUCUCAUCACAAGGACGGAAGACGUGCAUUAUGAAUAUUAUCGCUCUCAGCAGAUGGCGACGCGUAAAUUUGGUGAACCGAAAUUGAAGAAACUAGAGAAUCCAAAGUUACGAGAGAAGGAAGAGGCAUUGAGAAAAUCCUUCACUGAAAAGGUUCGUAAUGAAGAAACACGAUUCCGUCAAUGGGAGCAGCAGCUUAUCAAUGAAAGAGACCGUUUAAAUAAGGACCUUGAGCAGCAACAUACUCAGAUUAAGGCUCUUGAGACUGAAUUGGACCAAUUAUAUCAGUUUAUGAAGCGUAAUAACACUACAAUGAGAAGAUAGACCGCUUCUUAUUAGAAGAGUUCCAAUUAUUUUCCUUAUCCCACUCAUAAUUUUAAUAACUUAUAUCAUCCAUUUUUUGAGAUACUGACUUCGGUUUAUGUAUAUCAACUGUAACUUUAUACUAUGUUUUUCUUAAUGCAUAAUCAACAUUUUGUUAAUAAUAAACGUUAGCCGUUAUACUUAAUUGCAUACCCUCCAUGCGCCUGGAAAUAAAAUGACAAAUACAAGC